CAUUAAGAACGUACUCAUGUCAUUUUAUUUAGGAUUUUUUCGGUACUUUCCCAUUUUAAUUCGUUGAUGAAACAAUAAACGUCGUCGGCAUAAUUCAUUACAAGAUUGGAGUAUUUAGGUGUUGUUCGUUACUCCAGCAUUUCAGUGGCUUAGUUUUGUGCCUUCUAAAAUGAAUAAGUCGAAAAUGGCAUCAAGAAGAGUAAGAAUACUGUUACUGGGACAAACGGGUGUUGGAAAAUCAACGCUUGUAAACAUGUUUGGUAACUAUUUUUCUGAAAAAUCCGUGCAUCAAAUCGCAAAAGGGAGAUGUAAUGUGCUUGUGCCAACCAAAUUUAAUUUAUAUAAGGACGAUAAUUCUAUGGAAACUAUUGAAGUGGGUAAAAGUGAAUUUGAGAUACCCGGAACAGGACAAUCAGCCACUCAAAAACCUUUUAUAUAUACCUUUAAUGAUGAGGAACAUGGGAUUAUCUUGGAGGUUAUUGAUACACCGGGUGUUGGGGAUACUCGAGGACUAGAUUAUGAUACCAUGAAUAGUGAAAUGACUUUAAGUUUAAUUUCUGAAUUGCCUUCAAUAGAUGGAAUUUGUAUUUUACUUAAACCAGAUGUUACACGACUCACACCUGAAUUUGAAGUUUGCCUUAAACAGAUUUUUGAACAAUUAGAUAAAAACAUUAUAAAGAAUACUGUUUUUCUUUAUACACAUGGACGCAUGAGAAAUUUUAAGUGUGCAGACACUGAUGCUUGUCUGAGAAAACUCUUUGCUGAUAUUCAAAAGAUUAAUAGAAACUUUAAUCCUGUUACUAAUGAGAAUACAUUUUUUAUUGAUAAUGAAACAUUUAAAUAUAUAGUUGGUAGUCAACAAGGACAAACUUUUACUAGGCAGGAAAUGACACUUUAUGAAGAAACUUUUAAUAUUUCUAAAAAAAAUAUUAGCAGGUAAGUGAAUGUUAAAUCUAUUAUUUCUUUUAUAUGUGAAUUAGGAAUAAAGGCAACUAAAUUCUAUCUAAA